AUGCGUUUAUCGAAGGAAGCCGCGCGGAUGCUUGCAAUCCCGAAUGCUGGAGGCAGCUCUGUCGUAUCUGAAGUGUUCUCCUUUGCGAUCCUUGCUCGAUAUCUGCGCGCCAAUUUACACAAGAUGGAAACCGAGAUUGAUUACUUCCCAAAAGGUGGUGCAAUGACAGAUUAUGUGGUACGUAUGCGAGACCCGAUGCGCUUAGCACAAAGUCCGAUGCAUUUGGGUGUAUCGGUGGCUCGACUCAUGACCGCACCGGGACAACCGUACAGCGUGCAGGAAGCAGAACGUCUGUUGCGUAAGAAAUUACAUGGGAUUGCUCAAUCGAAUCGGAACUGUCAAGGCUGUUGGGAGCAACAAAUUCUGCACGUUUGGUCUUCGUCGGUCGUCAAUACAAAACUGUUCAAGCGAGCAGUCAAAAAUCUCAUGAACGAUCCUGAUCGCGGUGCGUUUGGCGAUAUCAUAAUUCUAGUUACCACGGUAUUUCAAUGUCCUGAAAUAUUUUCCAAUCGGCGUGAUGAACGCUGCUCCGAGAAUUAUUCACAUCAGUCCCAUGAAUGGCAUCUUCCUGAAAAAAGACCUCGUAAAAUCUGUCCCGAUGGUCCGCAGUCGACACUUGAAUGCACGCCUAUCGGGUCCGAAUUUCCACGUCACAACUGGAAGUGUCGUUUGGUAUACUUCAUUACGAAGAGCUUUCCGUCAAAUUUGACCGAGCAGACCAUUUCACUAGGCGAUCAUCAAACCGGUUCCUCCUUCAAUCUUUUAUUUGGUCAUUUGUAA